AUGGUCAUCGGGGACGGCCAGCAGCCUGCUUCAGAGGAAUCUCAUCUUCACAACAGGGCGGCAAGCCAACCUUCAGGAGGUGAGGAUCUCAGCGUACAUCCAGGAGAAAAGAGCGCACAAAUGCCGGGGAAUUUCAACAGCAUUCAUGUCGGCGUGCCUGAGAUGGGCAUCAGGGCAAAUAAGGAGCCAUCCGAAGUGCACUCGGAAAUUCAAUCUCCGUCCAGGGAAUUAUUUUCAUUCGACAACAUGGACAUGUCAUAUGACUGGUCGGAAAUUCAAGAUUUGGUGCUCGAUUUCGAUGGAAUGGAAAACGUCAGCAACAUCAACUGGGAUAACAUUCUCGCCGACCGACAGUCAGACGAUCCCGCAGCAACGCCUAGGCCCCCAGCCAAAGCGAUGCGCCUGCGGCUGUAUCGACGAUUCGGGCCCACUGCUGUUCUGCCCGGACUGAGAAAGCUCUCAAUUGCCGUCAACACUCGAUCUCCAGAAGGGAGUGGUGAAUCCGAUGCUAGUAGCCGCCCUGGAACUUCGAUGACGUUGUACUCUCGAAGGGUGAAGGCAACGCAUCCGUCACCAGGUACGCCAAUGUCUGACGACUCUCCCUAUGAUCUACCUCUGGAAGGUAUUCGUCAAAUAGCCGAGGUAUUCUUCAACCGGCUGGCUUGUUACUUCCCAUUCGUCGAACCCAAGAUUCUGGAUGGUCAUGUUCGCUCAGGCCAGGCGUCCAGUUUGUUGAUGAAUGCUAUCGCAGCUUUGACGAUGAGGUUUUGUCCCGUUGAAUUGUCGCCGGGCACAGUGGAUGUAGGCGCAGACAGCCCAUGGCGAAAUGGGACCUAUUUUCUGAAGCGUGCAAAAGAGCAGCUUGUUACACUUUUAGCCAUACCCACGACAGACAUUGUGUCUGGAAUCUUGAUCCUAGCUUGGGCGGAAUUUGGGGACAACAACGAAGCUGGACUAUGGAUGCUUUCUGGUAUGGCUAUCCGAAUGGCUCAGGAUAUGGGGCUACAUCGAUGUCCCGAGAAAGAAGCGAACCCUUCCAGCGUCGCUUUCUGGGAUCGUUCGCCCCUCAGUCCAGACGGCAAAGGUCUUCUCAGCGAUGAGAUGUCCAAACUGCACCAAGCUAAAUCCAAACUGAUACUGUUCUGGACGGUGUUCUUCUUGGAUGUGUUUGUAUCCCUGCUUACUGGCAGGCCACCCACUCUGAAGCGCUCAGAGGUCGAAGUGCCAAUCCCAACAACGGACGACAUGAAAGCCGCGCAGCUGGACUUCCAGGAGCACGUGUCAAUGAAGAACAAGAUAUUCCCUGAGAUAGCCCGGUUUAUGCUGCUCUAUUCAGAAGCAGUUGAGCUUCUGAACCAGACACGGAGCGAAGAGCAGGCUGACGCCUCCACUUCUUCAAAUGAAUCAUCUCAAAGAUCCAAGUUGGAAAAGGUCAGAGAUCAGAUCAUGAACUUGUACCAUUCCCUUCCUCCAGAUCUGGCUUUUAGCAUCGAUAACUACAAAGCUGCCAGCCUGUGUAGGCAGGCGGGACAGUUCUUGAUGCUUCAUGUCUACUUUUACACUUUCACAAUUCUCCUGUCGAGAAAGCAUUCACCAGAGGGUACGAGUAACUCACCCCAGCCACAGGUUGUGUUGGUGGCAUGCCAAAAGAUUGUUCAAAUGCUCAACACUGCUGAGCUCAUCGACAAAACCGGGUAUCUUUCUGUUCCGUUCAUCAACCAGGGCUUGUUCGUCGCGGCGUCUACGAUUCUGGAAGAGCAACAAUCUAACCAGAAUCGGCCCCAAGAUUUGUUUUCUCUGGUUAGCGGCACUGACGUUGACUAUCUCUGCAAGAAGCUGCAGGAAAUGUCCCACUACUUCAGGGGUACUGGCGUGACCCUAGCGGCAUUGGAACGCAAAAGACGAGAGGUCGCGGCCAAAACCACAAGAGGCAACCACUCGAGCGAGGAUGAAGAUUCUGACGAAGAAAAGAAUGAGGUUGUUCAGUUGAGCGAUGGUGGCAUUUAG